GAAUCUCAACCUGGACCUACCAUAUAAUAAAUUGUGUUGCGCAUUUCUUCCGUCAAAUUCCGGAAAAUUCUUUGUUUCUAUAUAAACUGUGAAUUCGAUUGCCGGCCAGCAGUUUGCAUUUUGCGAGUUUGAAUUACAUUUGUGGACAAUUAACACUUUGCGCUUUAUAACAAAAUGUCUCUCAUUCCAUUGAUCUUUGGCGAUUACGAACCGAUGUACCGGCCAUCCAGAAUCCUGGAACAACAUUUCGGCCUGGGCCUGGACCAUGACGACCUUUUUCAACCGUUAAACCCGAACAACAGAAUGUUGACUAGAACUCCCGCGGGUUAUUUAAGGAACUGGCGCCCCAACGCUGCUAAUUUGGAUUCUGGUUCAACAGUUCACUUUGACAAGGACAAAUUCCAGGCCAAUUUGGAUGUGCAACAAUUCAAGCCUGAAGAAAUUACUGUCAAGGUCACAGGGGACAAUGUACUUACUGUAGAAGGCAAGCACGAGGAGAAACAAGAUCAGCAUGGUUACAUAUCCAGGCAUUUUGUAAGAAGAUAUGUGCUGCCGAAGAACUGCCAGAUGGACAAAAUUGAAUCAAAACUCUCUAGUGAUGGAGUUUUGACCAUCAGUGCUCCCACUGUCGAGAAGAUGGAGAUCGAGCACAAAUCCAUUCCUAUUACACAGACUGGAGAACCUGCCAAACAGCAAAAGGCUGUUGAACAAAAGAAGUAAUUAGUACUUACUAAUGUUUAUAUGUAAUUACAUAUUCUUCAUAUUUAUUUCUUUUUCUAUUAGCUUCAUUUAAGUGUGUUAAUGCUUUCAUUAAGUUUUUUUGUUUUACAGUUUUAAAAACUCAUUUUGUUAAUUUCAAUAAUAAACAAUUUUUUACCCUUA